AUGUCCCUUGCCGAGCGGCAGAAGAAACUCAAGCCUGAGCUCAAGGAGCUCAAAAAAGCGAUCGGGGUCUUCAAGGACUUCAAGAGAGACCACCCUUCCGACAACUACACAGCCGAGGAGCCGUGCUUCGAAGCCUUCGGUAUCAACAAGGCCCGCGAGUUACAGUCGGUGCUCGAUAAUCGAGUCAUUCCCAUGGUCCGCCGGGUUCACGCGAUCUUGCGCAAGCAAUCUUGGCAGUGGGAAAUGAAGCCUCUCAUUCACCCCGAGAACGAUCUCCGAAGCACUGCCUUCCAAGCCAAGCGGCUCCGCGGGGACGUCGUGAAGACCCUCAACCUCAUCAAACGACAACGGUUUGCGCAUCGAUCGAUGCCCAACCGGAUCACGAUGAAGCCCUUUGAACCACGCCCCAACGAGACACACUAA